GCUCCGGCGGCGGCAUGGGCAAGCGGCGCGGCGCGGGGCUCGGCCGGUCCCUGCAGCGGCAGCGCGGCCCGCAGCGCCGCGGCACCUCCUCAUGGCUGCACGCCAGCGAGGUGGGCGACGAGCGCGGCCCGGACCUGCGGUCGGCGCCCGAGCAGAGCCCGCUGGAGGAGUUCCUGGCUACGGCCGAGCUGGCCGGCACCCGCUUCGUGGCUGAGCGUCUGAACAUCCAGAUCGUGUCUGCCCAGAGCCGCACUGGCCUGCUCACGGCCCAGGAGGCACAGCGUGUCCAGCAGCUGCACGAGGAGAACCGGCAGUUCUUGCGCAUCCCACGGCGGCCACAUUGGGAUAGGACAACCAGCGCUGAGCACCUGCAGCAAGCUGAGAGGGACAGUUUUCUGGAAUGGAGGAGGCAGCUUGCCCACCUUGAGGAAGAAAAAAAGUUAAUUCUAACCCCAUUUGAACGCAACUUGGAGUUUUGGCGUCAGCUUUGGAGAGUCAUCGAAAGAAGUGAUAUCGUAGUCCAGAUAGUAGAUGCUAGAAAUCCCCUUCUGUUUAGAUGCCAAGAUCUGGAAAGUUAUGUUAAGGAAGUCAGCAAUGACAAGGAGAACAUGAUCCUGAUAAACAAAGCAGAUCUGCUGAGUGAGGAGCAGCGAGUUGCUUGGGCACAGUUCUUUGAGAAAGAGGGUGUUAAGGUGGUGUUCUGGUCGGCUUUGGCAGAGUGCAAACGGCUGUCUGGAGAAGCGAAGGAACUAGGCACUGAAGGUGGAGCAGAGGAUCCAAGUGAUUCUGAGGAUGAAAGCUCCAGUCAAGAAGAUGACGUUACAGCACAAGAUAGUGCAGAAAGCACAUCCACAGGCAAUGCCUUGCAAACUGUCAAUCCAGUUUUGGUUAGUGAUGAUGACAGUAGUGAUGAAUAUGAAGACUGUGAGGAUGAUGAAGAGGAGGACUGGCAAACCUGUUCUGAAGAUGAAGGUGGAGACACAGUAAAUGCUAUUGCCCCAGAGAGGAUGGAAAGCAGGACUAGUGAUGCUGCAGUGCAGGAGCAGAACAGGAACAUCAGGAACUUCAGCCAUCUAGUACAGAGAAGUGAGCUGCUGGAGAUAUUCAAAACCAUGCACAAUGGACCAAGGGUGAAGGAUGGGGAAGUAAAUGUUGGGCUGGUGGGUUACCCUAAUGUUGGCAAAAGUUCAACCAUCAACACAAUCCUUGGAAAUAAGAAGGUGUCGGUGUCUGCUACACCAGGCCAUACGAAACACUUCCAGACCUUGUAUGUGGAGCCUGGCCUGUGCCUGUGUGAUUGCCCUGGUCUGGUGAUGCCAUCUUUCAUCUCUACCAAAGCAGAAAUGAUUUGUUCUGGAAUUCUGCCUAUAGACCAGAUGAGGGACCAUGUCCCACCCAUUUCUCUAGUUUGCCAGCAUAUUCCACGAAACAUUUUGGAAGCAACCUAUGGAAUAAAUAUCAUAAGGCCAAGGGAAGAUGAGGAUCCAGAUCGAAAGCCAACAGCUGAAGAGCUGCUAACAGCAUACGGAUAUAUGAGAGGGUUUAUGACAUCUCAUGGACAGCCAGACCAGCCAAGGUCAGCUCGAUAUGUGUUAAAAGACUAUGUCAGUGGGAAACUGUUAUAUUGCCAUCCGCCUCCUGGCAUUGACCCAACUGGUUUUCAGCACCAGCAUAAGAGAUGCCCAGAGAGAAGAGCUGUGCAAGCCAGUGGACAGGUGAAGCCUGAGAAGAAUACCAAAGCAAAACAAAUUGAAAAUGUGGUGGACAAAACAUUUUUCCACCAGGAGAAUGUCCGUGCCCUGAUGAAGGGGGUCCGGGCUGCAAUGGGAUAUCGGCCCAGCAGUGGCCUUCUGCCUGUGCCUGCACCUACUCCUGGCACUGUGGUAGGAAAACCCUGGAAAAAACAUGGAAACAGGAACAAGAAGGAGAAAAUUCGCAGGAUCACCAAGCACUUGGAGGCUUAGAGGUGACAAUGUGGCCAUUCCAGGGCAGCAUCUGCACUGUCCUGCAGGCCUGAACUGAGGGGGGAAAAAAGGGAUACAUGGCCAUCAGUAGCUCACUUGGGAGCUCCGUGCUAUGGAUUGGCCUGGGCAGGGGAGAAGAGUGGGCUCUGAUAGUUGAAGCUCAUCCCUUCUGAGAACAAGAGACCUGGCUGUUUGUGUUAUCUGGAAGCCAGCCCAGAUAUUUGACUACUGCUGAAAUAUCCAUUCAAUGGGAGCAGAUAGAGCCGUGCAGGAAUGUGUUUUCCUUCCAUAAAGGAUGUAUUUUAUGGCUGUUGGGAUCAAAGCAAGCCCUGUAAAACUGACUAAAAUCUUUAACAGUUGAGUUUCAAUGAGUAAUGUUUGUUUACAUUUUAAGACAUUUGCUCUGUUUUUUAAGCUUGUUUGUUGGUUUGACAACUCUUCGGUGUGUUGAAAAAUGAGGUAAAAGGAUCUUUAUUGCCCUCUUCCUCCUCUGCUAUACCAGCCCUAUUCUAGAGAAUCUGAUACUGAAACCACUCCCUGUUUCCUAGCUGAAGGCAGAGCAGAGCACGGCACACAGUGCAAUGAAAGUGCUGCUUUUAUGUCCUUCACCCUGAGCUGGUACCAGUUGUUUCUGUGACCUCCUGUUGGCAUUUUAAAACAUUAGCUCUGUGUGACUGGCCAAAAAUCUGGUGCUAAUUUGUCCUUAAAUAUAUUUGAGAUUUUACUUCCGA